CAAUAAGAAAAUGGCAGCAACCAACGAAGCACAGAAGGCUCAUGCUCAUUUCGUUCUAGUACACGGUGCUGGCCAUGGGGCUUGGUGCUGGUACAAGAUCAAGCCGAAGCUCGAGUCUUCCGGUCACAAGGUGACGGUGCUGAACCUUACCGGUUCCGGCAUCAACAUGAAGGCCAUACACGAUGUUCACUCACUAGCAGAGUACUCCGAGCCUUUGUUGGAGCUUAUAGCCUCACUUGGUCCAAAAGAAAAGGUGAUCCUUGUAGGGCAUAGCCUUGGAGGCAUGAACUUGUCCCUUGCCAUGGAAAGGUUCCCACAGAAAAUUUCUGCUGCUGUUUUCUUGACUGCCUUUCUGCCAGAUACAACUCACCAGCCAUCAUAUGUUAUGGAUGAGUUCAUGCAGAAGAUACCAGCAGACUCAUGGCUAGACACUCAGUUUGAACAGUUUGGAAGCGCCAAAGAACCCUUAACGUCGAUAUUCUUCGGUCCCAAGUACUUACAGGCGAACCUCUAUCAACUCAGCCCCAUUGAGGAUCUGGAACUUGCCAAGAGUUUAGUGAGGAAGAGUUCAUUCUUUCGUGAAGAAGUGGCUAAGAUGAAGAAGUUCUCAAAUGAGGGAUAUGGGUCGGUUACACGAGUUUAUGUGGUUUGUGACAAAGAUUUGAUAAUAACUGAGGAAUUUCAGCGAUGGAUGAUUGCAAACAGCGGGGUUAAAAAUGUGGUGGAGAUUAAGGGUGCUGAUCAUAUGCCAAUGUUUUCAAAGCCACAAGAACUUUCCAAUGCUUUUCUGGAGAUAGCACAAAAGUACGCUUAAAAUGUUAGCGAGCUACGUUUUAGGCCAAUUGUUAGGAGAAUAAGUUUGCUAACCGUGAGUGUAAAACUACUACUCUACUUAAACGUGUGUUCUAGGUGUUAACGCCAUGAAUUUGGUCUUUCUAUUUUCAAUUUCAUCACUUUGAAGCCUUGUAAGUAUAAAUCAUAUCAGUUAGUCUUUAAUCGAGUUUUUUUU